AUGGGGCGACGAAGAAGGCUCACUCGUAUAGGCAAGGGCAAGCUUGUCGAUAUUCUUUCGGCACAGGCGGACCUGUGUGCACGCUGCCAAGGGGGAAACAAUGCAGGACAUACGAUUUUUACAGGGAAAGAGUGUUAUCAAGUGCAUAUAGUUCCAUCAGGCGUAGUGACACCGGGAUGCGAUAAUUUAAUUGGAGAUCGAUGCGCUGGAAACACGAGGGAUCGAUACAAAAAACCGGAUUUUUGUAUCGGAUCGAGCACAUAUCGUUUUCGAUUACCACCAAGAGGCGGACAGGUUGAGAGAGAGAGAGCUGGGAGAGCACAGCAUUGGGACGACGGGGAAGGGCAUUGGGCCGGCAUAUAG